GUGUAUCCGGAAGCCCAAGAAGAUGAUAAAACCACACUCGCGAUAAAGCUUUGCCGGCCUUCAGAAAACCGAAGUGAGGGAGUGAUGGGAACUCCUCUAAAUUCCAGUUUAUCAUCGACAUCCCACUUCAAAUGCUCUACCUGGACACCCAGAAGAAAGAUUUGGAGGAACGGCCAAAUGUGGACCAAGACUUUCAAAGUGAGAGCUGAGGAGCAGUCUACCAGAUUAGUGACAUUUGUUGGAAAAGGUGGAGCAGGGAAGACAACAUGUGCCCUGAUGGCCGCUCAGUACUUUGCAAGGAUGGGUUUGAGAACAUGCCUUGUAAUACAGUCUCAGGAUCCCACUGCAGAAUUUUUGCUUGGUCACAAGAUAAGGAAUGUUCCUUCUCCUGUAGGGAAUGAUAGUCUGCAUGCUGUUCGGUUGGAAUCCACCAAGAUGCUGCUUGAACCUCUUUCUCGAUUAAAGAAGGCAGAUAGCAGGAUUAAUCUAACACAAGGAGCUCUUGGUGAGAUUGUGGGUGAGGAACUUGGUGUGCUCCCAGGGAUGGAUUCAAUUUUAGCAAUAGGAGCAUUGGGACAAAUGAUACAAUUUGUAGGAGGAAGUGGAAGCAGUACCAAGGAGGUGGAAAGGAAAUAUGAUGUGGUAGUAUAUGAUGGAAUAAGCAGUGAAGAAACUAUGCGGAUGCUUGGUGCAUCAGAGAGAUCAAGAUGGUACAUGAGGUAUCUACGUAAUCUUGCUGAGAAGACUGAUACAGGGAGAUUGACAGCACCUUCAUUUCUGAAAUUGACAGUGGCUUCCUUAAAUCAAGACAGCCUAGUUGAUUCUGGUGGACAAACAAGUGCCAAAAUUUGGGAUUCUGCAGAUAGCAUUCUGGAGAAAGGUUCAAGUGCAUUUGCAAACCCACUGAAGUUUUCUUGUUAUCUUGUCAUGGACCCCAGUAAUUGUAUGUCUGUUAAGGCUGCAUUAAGAUAUUGGGGCUGUGCAAUACAAGCUGGUGCUCAUGUAGCUGGGGCAUUCUAUCCAGCUUCUGCCUUAAAUGAAGCAUCAAAUAAAGCAUCAAUUGAAGAGAAGUUUUGCCCACUAGCCACUGCUGGUGUUCCUCUUCUGUCGAUGGAUUCUGCCAUCAAUUGGGACAUUGCCAUGAACAAUAUGGAUGAGGAUGCAAAGAAACUGCUUACUAUAAACAACAUCAGCAGCAGAAGCAUAUCUCCAGUUACAUUUGAUCAAAACAAGAAGAUGUUGACCCUUUUCAUGCCAGGAUUUGACAAAUCCGAAAUCAAACUAUCUCAAUGGAGGGGGGGAUCCGAACUGCUGGUGGAAGCUGGAGACCAAAGGCGUAUCAUAAAUUUGCCAAUUAAAAUGCAAGGAAAGGUAACAGGGGCAAAAUUUGAUAGUGGAAAUCUUGUAAUCACUCUGAAAUAGAUCCAGGACAAAUGCUUGAUAAUGUUUUGCUAACUUGCGUUGAUGUUGAGAAGAUCCAGCCAGCGCAGUAAAGUUCAAAACCACCUAUCAAAAAGGUGAAGCCCUCAAUUUGUGAGGAAGCCAAAUCAAGGUCUUAGAAGAGGCCAUAGUAUUUUGAAAAGCCCUCUAUAGGAGGAGAUGAGAGAUCUGAUUCUAAUAAAAAAUAGUGAGGUCUAUUUCCCAAUCUGAUUUUUGUUUUCUUCCCAGGCCUUUGUUUCCUAAAAAGCAUUAUUCAUUUUUGUGCUAUUCUUUCCCAUUACCAACCUAGCACUCAAUAGACAACUUGUCUGCAAUUUUUUCUCUGGCAAAUGUUUUUGUUGCUGCAGGAGUUUUUCACUGAUAGUCUGUCCAAGACUGCUGCAGGUUAUUGCAAUUUGUUUUAACAACGCCAUAUGUUCAGCUUCAUAAACAACACAUUGCAUUUAAUAUUGUUAUAAUUGUUCUACAAACAAUGUUAAUGCCCUGUUAUUGAAAUUGGUGAUCCACAAUUAAACCUGAAAAUUUGUACUUGAUCAAUGACAUUAAAUGUGUAUUGUAUACGUGUGCAACAAACUGAAUCUCUCCCUUGUUAAAACUGAAAUUAUGGUCAUCAACAUAUGUGCAUUAAGUAUACAUCAGGCUGUAGAAUUGCUGUAAAAGAUACAGCUUCUUCAGGAAAAUGCACUAGAAACUUUUCAGGAAAAACUGAAGCAUGUUGAUUACAUUCUCAUUUCUGAGAUAAGCUUCAUAAGGCCAAAAAGUAUUGAAUCUGAUAUAUGAUUGUUGUUUGAAGCAUUCUCUCAACAAAAACCAAUUUGGUGCUCUUUAAAUUAA